UCUUCCCCUACUUCUUCAGGGGGGCAACCUGUGGGGUCUGACACCUACAAAGGCUGGCUGUAUAAAUGGACUAACUACUUGAAGGGCUACCAACGUCGGUGGUUUGUCCUUAGCAACGGCCUUCUGUCAUAUUACAGGACUGCCGCUGACUGGAUGACGUUUGUUUGUCGCACACUGCCGUGCGUGAAAAGCACAGGAGCCCGGCCAUUUUUGAGAUACUGGAAUCAGCGCGCAUGGCACCGACGAUCAUACCACGCUCUGUCGCUUAGGUCACUCGUUUUGCCCAUUCUAGCCAUACUGGUCAACAGGAUGGUGUAACUAAUAAACUGACCAAUGAGUCUAUAUUUAUGGUUGCAUAUAUGAUGACAUUUGCACAUUUCAUGUAGAUAAUUGUUAUAGAUGAAGCUGUGAAUAAUAUUUUAGGUGAGAUUCAUAUUGGAAUAGCUUUUUUUGUGGGUGGGGGGUUAUUUUACAGGAAUGAUUGUCAGCGUGUACGACACUGCAUAUCUAUGUAGCAACCUACGAGACCCACCUAGGUCGUUACAUUUCUUUAUGAUGUAUAAGAUGUCUGACAUGUUUUAUCUGAUGCUUUUAGAACGUGUGGUCCUCUAAUUCAGUAACGGCCUUCACAGUUGUUAGGCACAGUUCCCUAAAACCAGUUAAGAGUGAUGUCAGCCAGACUGUUAUGCACUCAUUGUGAGGUAUUUGUCAGAGGUGUGUGUAGACACACUUGGACAUCACCACUUUCCCCGGCUGCCCUACAGUGUUUGAUGGGAAUGCAUGACUGCUCUGCCAUGUGUGUUUGUCACUGAACUCUUGAGUACCAGCACAGAAUAAAGAGUUAAAUGCCCUGGCAUAACCAACGCAUGCUCAUUGCACUGACAUGCACACACAAAUACACUGCCUAGCACUCACAUCGGCUAUGCUCAAGUAGGUGCAGGUGUAACAAACCAUGAGAUACUGUACUCCUAUGAAAUAUAAAUAAUUGCAUGUGUGUGUGGCUGGAUUUGUGUGGUGUGCAUGUGUGUGUGCCGUGUUGUGACAUUUCUGUCUCUGUAGAACUAGAUUUAGUCAGCAGACUCUUCCCUUGUCUCUGUGUGUGUACGUGUGUUGGUGUGUGUGCGUCUCUGUGCAUUAGGACUCAGGCAGAGAUGGCCCACACUUGCCGUGGCACCAUCUCCCUGACCACGGCACACAUUGAAGUGGGUGACGCGUGCCACCUGGUGCUAACCAGCGGAGGGCGGAGCUACCACCUGAAGGCCACCUCAGAUGGGGAGAGUCAGCGCUGGGUCUCUGCCCUCCAACAGGCUAAGGCCAACGCCAGUCACAUGAUGCACCAAUCAGAUGACUCUGGAGACGAGGCCCCUGUGCCCCAGCCUGACCGAGCCCUGACACAAGGGGCUCUGAAGACCCUUGCCAGUAAGCUGGACGACCUGAGCACCUGCAACGAGCUAAUCGGCAAGCACGGCGCCGCCCUGCAGCGAUCCCUCAGCGAGCUCGAGGACCUGCGCACGGCCACUGACGGCACCGACAAACUCAAGACUGUCAACGAGCGUGCCACACUCUUCCGCAUCACCUCCAAUGCUAUGAUCAAUGCCUGUAGGGACUUCCUGGACGUAGCAGAGACACACAGCCGGAGGUGGCAGAGAGCCCUGCAGUAUGAGAGAGAACAGCGCCACCACCUGGAGGAGACUAUUGAACAGCUAGCCAAGCAGCACAACAGCCUGGAGAGGGCCUGGAGAGAGGCUCCCAGCACACACCCAGACGUAGGUGAGAGAACGCAGGAGGGUGACGCCAGUGAUGAGAAUGAAGACACAGAGUUCUUUGAUGCCAUGGAGGACUCCCCUGCCUUCAUCACAGUGACCGCCUCUGACCACACCCAGCACAGACGCUCCGGCAGUAACCAGAGUAUCAUGAGUGGAGGAUUACCCAAUAGUGAAUGGAGCCACAAUGAGAAUGACUCUGGCUCCAACAACGUCCAGCUGCGUAGAGUUAGACGGAGCCGCAUCCCAAACAAACCCAACUACUCCCUUAACCUGUGGAGCAUCAUGAAGAACUGCAUCGGCAAGGAGCUGUCCAAGAUCCCCAUGCCUGUAAACUUCAACGAGCCCCUGUCGAUGCUGCAGCGUCUAACUGAGGAUCUAGAGUACAGUGACCUGCUGGACCGGGCGUCUCGCUGCGAAUCGUCCCUGGAGCAGAUGUGCCUGGUGGCAGCCUUCUCUGUGUCCUCCUACUCCACCACCAUCCACCGCACUGCCAAGCCCUUCAACCCCCUGCUGGGGGAGACCUACGAGCUGGACCGGCUGGAUGACUUCGGCUACCGCUCCAUCUGCGAACAGGUCAGUCACCACCCCCCAGCCGCCGCCCACCAUGUGACGUCACAACGAGGCUGGACCCUGUGGCAGGAGAUCACUAUCGACAGCAAGUUCAGAGGGAAAUACAUCUCUGUAAUGCCAUUAGGCUGCAUCCACCUGCAGUUCCACUCCAGUGGGAAUCACUAUGUGUGGGGAAAAGUCACCUCCACGGUGCACAACAUCAUAGUGGGCAAACUGUGGAUUGACCAGUCUGGGGACAUUGAAAUAGUCAACCACAGGACCAAGGACACCUGCCACCUCAAGUUUGUCCCUUACAGUUAUUUCUCCAGAGACCUCUCACGCAAGGUGACAGGUGUGGUAGCAGAUAGCGAGGGCACGGCCCAUCACAUUAUGUCUGGUACCUGGGACGACAAGAUGGAGAGUGCCAAGAUAGUGGAGAGUAGCCGGGGAUGUGGAGGGUCAGAGGGCAAACAGAAGACCCUCUAUCAGACCCUCCAGCCCAAAGUGCUGUGGAAGAAAUACACUCUCCCGGAAAAUUCUGAGAACAUGCACUUCUUCUCCUCCCUGGCCCUGACACUGAACGAGCCUGAGGAGGGCGUGGCUCCGACUGACAGCCGCCUGAGGCCCGACCAACGGCUGAUGGAGGCGGGGCUUUGGGACGAGGCCAACGCCCACAAACAGCGUCUGGAGGAACGACAAAGGCUGGAGAGGAGGAAGAGGGAGGCACAAGCAACACAGGUCCUGGAAGAAGGCCAAGACAUCGAGGGCUUCCAGCCACUGUGGUUUGAGAGGAGGACAGAUGAUUCAACGGGGGAGAGCACUUACGUGUACAGGGGUGGAUACUGGGAGGCCAAAGACAAACAGGACUGGAGCCAAUGCCCUGAGAUCUUCUAAGGCUCCACCCCUGGGACUGUGACAUCACUGGAGGGCAGAGCUGAGGGACUGAUGGACAAGCAGAGGGAGGGGUCCACAUGCUGCAAACACAUUGACAUGUGGCCAACUCUUUGUCCAUGUGUGUGUAUUUGUGUGUGUUCCAGAAAGACGGAGCCCUCCAUGCCAAACUUCAAGAACAUUCUCUGUCCCCAUCACUGACCAGUGUGUUUCGCAAGCAUGGCCUCGUGUGUGUGUGUGUGUGUGUGUGUGUGUGUGUGUGUGUGUGUGUGCGUGCGUGCGUGGCGCAACAGAGUAAGUUAGAGAGACAACCUAUUUGAGAUAUUUUGAUUAAGAGUUACAAAAUAGAGCUAUUGCAUGGAAACCCAUACUUAUUUGAGGUGGUAUGUCUAGUGGUGCCUGGUGCCCCAUUGAUCUGGUAAUAAGGUAAUAACUACCGUAAGUGUAUAAUAUUAUAGAAUAAUAUUGGGACAAUUGUAUGGAUAAGUAGGGGGGAAAGUGAAAGAGGUUGUGUUUUGGUUCUAGGAUGUCCUGUUCCAGUCUGAGCAACUAUCUCCAAUAUAUACCAAGGGUACAAAACAUUAGGAACACCUUCUUAAUAUUGAGUUGCACCACCUGCUGCCCUCAGAACAGCGUCAAUUCGUUGGGGCAUGGACUACAAUGUGUCAAGCGUUCCGCAGGGAUGCU